UAAGAGCAAUUAUUCAAAGAGCCUUUGAGACAGAAGGAGACAGGAAGUGCUGUGUUCCCCCAGCAUCCAUGUCUGUGGUUGCCAGAAUGGAGCUACUUACUCCUAGCAACUCAACAUUUCAAGUCAGUAUCCUUGAAGUAUACCAGCUGAAUAUAGCAAAGGAAUACAAGUCGUGCUUGUUCCUGGCAGCCAUGCUGUGGUUCGGCUUUGUCUGCCCCCAAAAUGCAAGUCGUCCACCAUAUGCCUGCCAGUGCCUUAAGGAUGUCAAAGACAGGGAAGACUGUGGCCAUGAGGGCAUCACUGCAGAGCAGUGCACAAGAAAAGGAUGCUGCUUUGAUGCAACAGAGCCCGGGGUGCCGUGGUGUUUCCAUCCUUCUGGAGAGAGAGUUUCACUUCAGUUUGCAAAGAAAAUGUUCAAACAUCAAGGAAGAAUGGAAUGUGGAUAUCCUGGUAUAACAUACAAGAGGUGCCGAAGAAUUGGAUGCUGUUACGAUAGAAAGGCUUCUGAUGAACCCAAGUGCUUCCACCCUCCGGUAAAUGAUGGAGUGCAAGAAAAGAAUGUGGAUACCCAGGCAUCACGGCAGAGGAAUGCCUUGCAAGAAGAUGUUGUUUCAAUUCAUAUGUUGCUAGCACACGAUGGUGCUUCCACCCUCUUUCAGACACAGUUUUUACGCCACGCUCUCUUCUGA